AUUAACACACACACAUUCACACACACAUAUGCAAUACAUUAUUGCAAUGCUCAUGUCACACAUUUCACUCAAUGCUUCAAACAUGAUUGUGUUGGCUCUGCAGCUUUUGGGAUUUGCCAUAAAUGUGUGGGCCCAAAGCACGGGUGAGGUGGACGUGGACGUGCUGGUGGAGGUGGAGAGGAACGUGACGGGUGUCCUGGGGGAAGAGGUGGUGCUGCGGUGUCAGUACAUGGGCCAGGAGCAGCUCAUCAUGUCCGCCUGGAAGAAGAGAGAGACCCGCCACAGAGGCUGGCUGGCUGGAUACCACGCCUCCAAGGCCUUCACCCAGCACCAAGACUUUGGCCUGCCGGCCUCCCCGACCAACCUGUCCGUGACCGUGAACAUCACCAGUCUGGAGGCCGAGGGGGAGUACGUCUGCAUCUUCAUCUCUAUGAUGCAGCAGUUUGAACAUAGCGUCUUCCUCACUGUGCUGGCUCGGCCUGACGUUCGCACGAACGUGACGGAGACCGUGGAGAACGGGACGCACUACCAGACAGCCUCGUGCUCCGCCGUCGCGGGGAAACCCGCGGCCGCCAUCGGCUGGUCCGUCGGCGGCGGCCGCGUCGUCGCCGGGGGCAACUUCUCCGUCUCCGAGACGACGGUGCGACACGGCGACGGCACCAGCACCCGGACCAGCGAGCUGCGGUUCCCCACGCACCUGCUGGAGGAGGGCGCGGACGUCAAAUGCGUCGUCGGGCACCCCGCCCUGCGCAGGCAGGACGUCAUGGAGACGGCGAGAGUGCAGACCUUCAUUGCGCCGAACGUCACGCUCGUGACCCGGGAGGGCGAAGGCGGCGAGGGGGAGGAGCUCCGGGAGGUGUCCUGCGUGGCCGUGGGGGGGCGGCCCGCCCCCAAAGUCACCCUGCUCCUGCCGGGGGACGCGUCCGAGGGUCCGGCGCCCGUGGUGGUGAGAGAGGAACGCGACGAGGAAACGGGCGUGGUGACGGUCACCAGCUCCGUGACCCUCCGGGGGGCGCGCCUCCACGAGGGGGAGAGGGUCACCUGCGUGGUCACCCACCCGAAACUACCCGAGCAGCUGCGGCGUGCCACCCUCACGCUGCCCACAUACGAGCUGUCCUCUGUGCGUCUGUUCAGACAACACUCUGCUGGCUCUGCUGGCUCUGCUGGCUCUGCUGGCUCUGCAGUCAGCUCUGCUGAACUGCACCCUGGGAAUGAGGUUGAGGGUCAGGUGGUAAUGACGGAGGGCCAGACGAACGUGAACAUCCUGUUUGAAGUGGACGGGAAUGUGCCUCGGUACCAGGUGACCUGUGCCAGAGAAGACGGUUCCCUUCUUGAAGGUGUGGAAGUGACUGGGAGGUUCCUCCGUUUUGAGGGACCAAUAGAGCCUCGUCAUGCAGGACUCUACACCUGCCAGGCCUCUUACUAUAGCCACACACUGUCCGUGCCACUGGAGAUAGUGGUCACCCCAAAAGUUGUGGAGCCAGCGGUGGUGCCUCCCAGCAUUAAAAUCCAGACCCGGGAGGAUGUGGAUCACCGCACCGUUGAGUGCUCGGCCUCCGACGCCUACCCGGCGGCUAAUGUGUCCUGGGUGCUCCCCGAGGGCCCUUCCGGAACCGUCCGGUCGAACUCCGCCUUCCGGAACGGGAGCCACUCCGUCACCAGCGCCCUGCGCCUGCCCGCCUGCGUGCCCCGCGAGCUCACGGCGGUGUGCGUGAUCGAGCACCCGGCCCUCGCCGCCCCGGAGCGCCGCGCGGUCACGCUGCCCGCCUGCGGUGAGGGGCGACAUAGCUCAGGAGUGAGCCCGGACGUCACCGUGAGCUCCAGGACCGUGUGGGACGAGGGCACGGAGUACACGGAGGUGCGGUGCUCGGUGCGGGGCGGCGAGCGCGACGACGCCGCCGUCUCCUGGAGGGUGGGGGGCGGCGACUGCGCGGGCUGCGCCGGCGAGCUGGCGGAGAGCAUGCUGGGUAACCAGACCGGGAGCGUGCUGAGGCUCCCCACUCGGCUGGUCGCCGGACGGGUCGUGGCGUGCCUCGUGGAUCACCCCGCUUUGGGGACCCCAGAGAGACAGGAGAUCUGGGUCCCGUCGUCAGGGGCGUUUCCAAGCAGCGGCUACGAUGAAGGGAGAGGGACAUUUCCUAGCCCCCACACUCCCCAGUCCCCCGUGUCCUUGGUCCCGGUCGUCUCCCUGGUGCAGCUGAAGACGUCCGCUCAGUGGCAGGCCGUUUGCGAGCUCAGACGGGCGAGGGCGGCAGGCCGCGCCGCCGUCUCCUGGGUCCUCCCCGAAAACAGCACGGGCCGGGCCGCCUUCCGGUCCGGGUACGAGGAGGGGAGGCUGUGGGCCAGGAGCACGUACGAGUUCCCGCUGGCCCGGCACGAGGGGAGGAACCUGACCUGCCUGACCCGGGAUGGGCGCGGCACCACGGAGACGACCCUCCACGUCCCCCAGUUCUAUAUCUCAUCUCUUAGAGUGCUCAACAGGACAACAUCGUACCACUGGCCCCAGGAGGAGGGCCAGGUCACAUACAGAGUGGCCCUCCAGGCCCACACCCCUGGCCAGAGGAUCCUGCUCAGGGUCUACGGAAACGUGCCUCAGCACAACAUUACCUGCACCAGGAGAGACGGCUCGGCGGUGCGGGUGGUGGGCGGGGAGAUGCUGUUCCCGCAAAAAGUGUCUGAGAAGGACUCGGGCCUGUACAUCUGCCACGCCUCCUUCUAUCACCACAGCGCCACCGUCCUCAUCCACGUGGAGGUCACCAGCGACGACCUCCAGCUCUGGAUGUUAGCCGCGAUCUGCUUCUCUUCGGCGGCUGCGGUUUCCCUCGUCGUCCUUGUCUCGCUCUGCGUCUUCUGCAAAAGAGCUGACGGUGAAGGUUCGAGAUCAAAGGCGUCCCAUGGAAAGCGGGAGUCUCUGGCCCCCCUGACGCCCCUGGUGCAGGACCCGUGUUCCCCGGAGCUGAAGAAGCAGCCCGUCUCGGGGCAGAGGUCCCCGGAGUACGCGGAUCUGGUCAGGUACUCCAUCAUCAUCGACGUCAAGAGCGCCGUGUAAAUCUGAGCGCUCUCUGGCUUUCCACAAAUCGGGACCCACCCUGUGGAUUUAAAAAAAAAAAAGUUUGAUACCACGGUUUGUGCCACUGAAAUAGCAAAACGGUGACACGGGGGCAUAUGAUUGGUUGCUGUAGGGAGAGAGCCGGAAUGCAUGGCGAAUGAUUGGUUGAUGGCAGCUUCUCUGCUGCCCGUGACCUUGGGAGAUAUCGAGGGGCAGCAGCUACAAUGUUGGCAUGCGGAAAUCAGAUUGUUUGACGUUAACAGGGUUUAAAAUCACAGAGGUGUGGUGCGUGUGGACACGUAGCAUGCCUCUACAUUUUGAUUAGAAACAACCGCAAAAAAAAAA